GGGGGGCACGGAGCGCAGCAGCAGCAGCAGCAGCAGGAUGAGCCUGAGCGACAACGACAAAGCCCACGUGAAGGGCAUCUGGUGCCAGGUGUCGGGCCAUGCCGAGGAGUUCGGCGCCGAGGCCAUCAACAGGAUGUUCGUGGCCUACCCCACCAGCAAGACCUACUUUCCGCACUUCGACGUGAGCGCCGGCUCGGAGCAGAUCCGGGCGCACGGCAAGCGGGUGGUGAACGCGCUCUCCGACGCCGUGGCCCACCUGGACAACAUCGGCGGCGCCCUGGCCAAGCUCAGCGACCUGCACGCCCAGAAGCUGCGCGUCGACCCCGUCAACUUCAGGUACCUGGCCCAGUGCCUCCUGGUGACCAUCGCCGUCCAUUGCCGCGGCCAGCUGACCGCCGACGUGCUCGUCUCCCUCGACAAGUUCCUCGCCCUCGUCACCAAGGUGCUCACCUGCAAGUACCGCUAGAGCGCCCGCCCGCCCGCCGGUCUCGCCCAGCCGCAGCAGCGCCACAGGCCGGCGCACCGACCCCCCCCCCUCAAUAAACGCCUGGCCGUCGAAAGGGC